AUGGGUUUCAAAGAUGCGAUCGUAUCUCUGGUCGGCGACUUCGUCGAGCUCCGACGGAAUCCCGAGUUCCGAAGCCGGAACGAGCUGGCCACAACUCCGGUGGAUGAGAACGACGACAGCCAGCUGUUCCGGAGGAAUCGAAGGCAUUCGCUGAAUAUUACUGUGGGAACGGUAAGAUUAAUUUAUUUGUCAGGGAAAGAUUAGUACAAGUUUUAUUGUAAUGCCUGGGUAUUCAAAAAACUUUGAUGGUCUCUUGCUCAACAUAUUUCUGUUACAUUUGCUUAAAUGUCCAACUUAAAAUUAGCAACUCAUGUUUUGAAGACAGGUGGUCGAUGUUUAGAUUUUCUAGACAGACCGACGUUUUUUUCGCGUUUUCUCAUAAAGAGUUCAUUCCUUUCCUAUCCAUAGGAAUUCAACGUUUUCCGCGAAAAAUUAAUAAAAAUAAUGCCAUAAAGCGUUUUUUCCUGACCGCCACCCUCUUUCCGGGUUACGGCAAAGAUAAUUUAAUACAUUCGCUACACCAGCACCAUUGAAAUAAAGUCAAAGCAUAAAGCGAAUGCAAAAUUUUUAGGAAAUCUACUCGCUCCUCAUCGCUCAUUGAGCUUAUUAGAUCACAUAAUUAAUCAUUGCAAAUGUUUCCACUUUUUUUUUGAUCUUGUAAUCAUGCGCAUUUUAUUUCUUUCCCAGAAUUCCGGUGUAAUUUAUCUGACUCAUCAACGUUUUCUUAUGAAAUUGACAUUAAUGGGUCACAAGAGUGAUCUGCAGUCCCUUCUCCUAAUUGCCUUUGUUGUUUUACAAAACUUACAGUAAUAUUGCUGUUCUGAUUGUUUAAUUCAAAUCGGAAGCCUGAAUUAAGCAUUAAACUUUCCGGAAAAAACAGCUAGAACUUCUAAAUUCAGAUCAAUUUAAGGAAAAUCUGAUUGGAAAGGUUAUAAACAACUGAAUCAUCAGACUAAUUUGCCCAUCUUUUAGUCUGGUCCAACAACGGAGCAUCUAAUCCGCCAACGGAUCUUUACGGAAAAGAAGCCGGUCCUCAGAACUCGCCGACAUUCGGCUCUUCCCAAACUUUCAUCUGUUCAGUCCGAGAAUCGAAGCCCUAGUCCAAGUGAGAGUGCCAAGGCAGAUCUCUCGACGCCCACUAAUCAGAAUCGAGCUACUGAUCGACGAUCUUCUGAACCCCAUAAUCUGAGGAUUCCGCCAAAUUUCGGAAAGGACCGCCCAAUUUUAUCCGAUAGUGAUUCGGAUACAGAUGAAUUGGUGUUGAGAAGAUCGCUGAAUUUGAGAAGGCGAAGAGAAGACCUCAGGCAUUCCGUGGCCUUAAGUGAACAUACAAUUCAAGAGGAAUGGGAGGCCGAAGAUCAAGAGCAAAGCCCGGAGAACGGGCGGCUCACUGGCCGGACUGUUAUCAGUAUUAAUCACUAA